UGUUCACUGUGGACAGCUCCUGCUCUGUGGGUUUAAAGAGUUGGAGGCGCUUUACCUCUCUCUGCUCACGUCAGGACACACACACACACACACAUAUACACACACACUCCCACGUGUGUGUGUCCUGGCAUGCCGUGGCAGUGUGUGAGUGUGUGAGGGUGAUGGCUGUGUGUGUGUGAACCUUCAGACAGACAGAGAUUAGAGGCGACCUCAGUAAACCAUGCUGCUGCUCCCGACACCACACACCCGGAGAUAAUGCAAUGCUUAACGGUGACCAUCCUUAGAGGAAAGGAUGGGUACGGCUUCACCAUCUGCUCCGACUCACCUGUACGAGUACAAGCUGUGGAUCCAGGUGGUCCUGCAGAUCUGGCGGGUCUGCAGCAGUUGGACACUCUGCUGCAGUUGAAUGGUCAGCCUGUGGAACAGUGGAAGUGUGUAGAUCUGGCUCAUGCCAUCAGGAACAGUGUCAGUGAGAUCACGGUGGUGGUCUGGAGAACCGGGCCGUCGGUUAAGUCCAGUUUUGAGGGUCUGAUCCAUCACCCGUCCUACAAACCCUCCAACUACGAAACUCCGCUUUCUCCACCCAAAAACCGACGGGGGGAGAAGACCCCCCCGAUCCCCCCCCUGCCCGCUCACCACCGGGCCAGCCGCAGGGUGCUGGUGAAUGGGUCGGACCCCGCCGGGAUGGGGGCGCCGUGGGGCGAGAGGAGGGAGGAGGGGGGCGAGGCCAACGCCCGGACACACACUCACACUCUGAGAGGGACUCGGGUUAAAGCGUCCAACGGGGACAAUUACAUCAUCCUGUCCCCCAUCAACCCCGGAGGACAGAUCCUCAGACCAGUAUAUGGAGACAACCACAGCACUAUGGGGAGGAUGUUCCCGAGGCAGGCCAGCGUUCCUCAGCCCCAGUCCUCCAGCGCCCAGGCCGCCCCCAGUCUGGCCAGUAGAACCAACUUCCUGCGACGCUCCGCCAACAGUAAGACCAAACCCCCCGCGGUCGGGAGCCACCAGCAGAGCUCCAACUUCGCCAACUACCAGAACUGCACCAUCGUCAGAUCCCACGUCCCAACACACGCCAACUACGGGGCCUACGUCAAAGUGGCCCCCAAGAUCCUCAUCUUCCCUAUUUUUGUACAGCCUCUGGACCUGUGCAACCCCACCAGAACCCUGCUGAUAUCAGAGGAGAUGAUCCUGCACGAGAGCAAGCUCCUCUCCAUCAAGGUGACUAUCUUCAUCUAUACUGAUCUGAUGCUGGUGACGAGGGAGGACGAGCCGGGCCGCUGUAACGUCCUGCAGAACCCUCUAUACCUCAAACAGCUCCGGCUACAGGACGAUCACAGUGAGGAGCUGCGAUUCUACCUAAUCCACAUGACUGAGAAGUGUGAUUGUUUGUUGAGUCUGGAGGCGUACUCUGUGGAGCAGAAGAGGAGAGUGUGUCAGUGUUUGAGCGACAGCAUCGAGAAGCAGCUCCAGCUGCAGCGCAGGGAGAACUUCGGCCCACCGGAGCAGAUGCUGGAGCCCAAGCUGGACGAGCAGUGCGAUCUGGGGGCUCGCCGGCGCCCGUCGGAGGACGAGCACUCUCUGGGAAGCCCCUCAGAUGCCCCGGCCACCACGGCCAGCAGCCCCCAUCCCAGCGAGCUCCUCACUCCGCUGGAGGAGACCCGACACCUGGUGCCCCCGACACCUCCGCCGUCCACAGAGGGUGAGGACGGCAAGAGCAACGAGGGCAGCCUGAGCGAAAUCUGGAAAAGCGUGGACAAGGAAUACCGAGGUGAAGAAGAAGAACUGGAGGAAGAGGAGGAGGUUGUGAGGAAGACUCUGGCAGAGGGGAUGGAUGAGGAAGAAGAAGAAGAAGAAGAGGAGGAAGAAGAAAGAGAAGAGGAUGGAGAGGAGACCUGCAAGUUAGAAGAAAGGCAACUGCUGCUGCAAGUGGACGAAGACAAUGCCUCCGAUGCUCCCGACACUAACGCACCUCCUUCGUCUUCAUCCUCGUCCUUCGUCAUCCCUGAGCUCCGCCUGGACCGCUCCUUCAGCGCCGACGCCCUCUCCUCACCCGCCACCGACGAGGAGUAUGAGGAGGAUGAUGAAGACGAGGAGGAGGAAGAAGAAGAAGAGGAAGAGGAUAGUGAUGACAACUUCCUAGAGCGUAGAGACAGUAAACGGAGAAGCAUGGUGGAGGGAGUGUCGUGCGAGAAGCACGGAGGCACCGGAGGGCUCAGCGUGCAGAACUCGCUGAGGCGUCGCACCCACAGUGAGGGCAGCCUUCUGCAAGACCCCCGCGGCACCUGCUUCACUUCUGACAACGCCAUCAACUGCCUGGAGGCUUCCUCCGGCCACAAGGGAGGCUGGACGCUGCCCUCGCCCAAAACCCUGAAGAAGGAGCUGACGAAGAACGGGGGGUCCAUGCACCAGCUCUGCAUGCUGUUCUCUGGCAGAAAGCUCAGUGCUGGUUCCGAGUGCAGCUGUGACGUGGGCCCUGAAGGCACCAAGAAGAAGAAGUCCAAGAACCUGGCCAAAGACAUGAAGAACAGGUUGGCUUUUUUGAGGAGGAGGAAUGAGUCUCCUGGAAGCACUCCGGCCGGCAAGCUGGACAAAACCAUGAAGUCCUCGGUCAAGCCCACCCCGGAGGAGGCGCUCAAGUGGGGGGAAUCUCUGGACAAGCUGCUGGUCCACAAAUAUGGCCUGGCGGCGUUCCGAGCAUUCCUACGCACCGAGUUCAGCGAGGAGAAUCUGGAAUUCUGGCUGGCAUGCGAGGAUUACAAGAAGAUUAAGUCGCAGUCCAAGAUGGCAUCCAAAGCCAAAAAGAUCUUCGCCGAGUACAUCGCCAUCCAGUCCUGCAAAGAGGUCAACCUGGACUCGUACACCAGGGAGCACACCAAGGAGAACCUGCAGAACAUCACGCGCUCCUGCUUCGACCUGGCCCAGCGGAGGAUAUACGGCCUGAUGGAGAAGGACUCGUACCCUCGCUUCCUCCGCUCCGAACUCUACAUGGACUUGGUGAACCAAAAGAAAGCGAGCACCACGUCGACGGCGUCCUCAUCGUAAGAGCGAGGAGCGCACGCCUGUACCCGGAGAAAGAGACACUAUAGAAACUUAGCAUCGCCAAGGUUUCUUUCACUUAGAGUUUCGUUCUCAUUCGCCAUCCUGUCCUACGAUGAGCCGAGGCAAGACAGACUGAGGCGGCAAAAGAGAGGAAAAGAGAGACAGAGACAUUGUUCACACAAGGUGCAGGAUGGAGAGAUCCGAGAGUAAAAUGAGAAGAGGUGGAGACGAAAGGAAGGAAGGAAAGAAGACGGCGCAGCCCAAAUAUACGGGCUGCGAUCCGAGCCGGACAAGUGGGGUGUCCCCAUAGCGAGUGCUACCCAUUUGUUUUGAUUUUUUCUGUCAUUCUUAUUAUUUAUGUUUUCACAACUACUGGAGAAAGGAGGGGGAUACGUCUUCUUGCUUUGACACAAAGACAGUCGGGUACUGUUUUGUCGCUUCUUCUUCGUGUUUGUCGUUUGGUCUGACCAUUUCUCUUCACCCCUUCUUGCCUUUCCUCUGGUGCCAUUGGUACGACCCUUUCUCGACCCAGUUUCCUUUUUGCCUUCACAUUUUUGUUAUGUUGUGAUCGUUGCUCUCAUGGACCUUUUCCCUGGACGUUUCCAAGCUGUUUUAAUUGAGCGACAAGAAAUCGUCUCAAAGUUUUCUGAAGUUUUCUGGCUCAAUGAAAACAGGACGCUUGGCUCAACCCCAACCCAAAAAUCCUAUUGAUUAAUCCCGUGGUUAUGCACUUCCGUACUCAUGCACAGGCACAGGGGGCUCUCCUAAGGCUUUAGCCCCUUUAAUUUUAACCCUUUUCCUUUAACUACUUACUGUCCUCAACCAACAAACCCAACCCAACCAAGCCAAGCCAACACCUUUCCCAAUUUCAGUGCCACUUCCCCAGUCCCAGUCCCCAUGAAAAAGACAUUUUUAACAUGGCAAAAACAGAAAUUGUCCGUGAAAUAAGAAAAACAAGGACCAAAAAUUUGGCAUUGGGAGGAAAUCACAACGAAACUAAAGCCACUGGAAAUCGUCCAUCCAAAGACUGUACUGACUGUCCCAUGAAAAAGAGACAAAGCUUGACUGUAUAGUUUCUGUAUAGCCGAUAAGCAUUUCAUAGUAGCUCCUCGUGGGGACCGGAUGAGAGCAUUCUCAGGACUGUAUGGCACUCGACUAAUGAACUCGACUUUCAGGCUCGUUCAACCUGUCCUUUUUCUGUUUUCAGUUUUCCUUUAUUUUUUUUUACACAUCAAAUGUCUUUUACUGUUUUUUUUUUUUUUUUAUAUAGGUUCAAACCUGCACUCCAUAGAUAGAACGGGAUCGGAGGUCUCUUGUUAAGGCCUUUCCCUGUGUAUGUUUUUUUUUUUUGUUUAUAAGAGAGACAAUGCUUUACCUGUACAAAGGUUUGCGUAUUUAUUUAGAUCCUUGCUGGAUAUUUUGUUGAAAUUGCACUCAGCUGAACCUCCUCGCCCAAACCUCUUAACUCCUCCCGAACCCUGUACCCUUGAAGCUCCCGCCCCUUUUACCCAAUGAUCCAAGUGCAAUAUGUUUUAUUAUUUUCAUUGGAUUGCUUAUCUUUUGGAUAAGACUCACUUUCUAUGAGAGAGACAAUGGAGAGAAAAGGAGCUCUGGUAUUAAGUUUGUAUUUGCAAAAAAGACAAAAAAGAAGAAAAAAGAAACGAACGAACCAACCAACCAACCAACAACCACCUGCUUGAAGACUGAGCUGCAGUUUAAGAGAGUAAAUUAGUUGACAUAAGCAAGUUAUUAUUAUUAUUACUGUUAUUAUUAUUAUUAUUAUUAUUAUUAUUGUUGUUAUUAUGAUUAUUCUAACUGUGCACCCCACCCCCUUCCCCCGGCAGCAGGCAGCCGGGGUUAACGGAUUGUAAAUAUAAUUCUUAAGAAAAAAGUAAAACGACGAAAAAAGACGAAAAACGCGAGGCGUCUCCCGGCGACGGGCGCCACGGAACUCAAGCUGUAUCUAUGUAAAUACUAAGAGCAUCAGAAGCUAUAAAAUGACAUGUAUUGUUAUCGAAAUGGGGAAGACGUGGGUACUGUCCACCUCUUCCUUGGUCAUACACUGCUUGUAAGGAGUUUUAUGAAAUGUAUUUUAUCAUUUUCACUGUUUACAAUUCAAUGCAUCUCCUAAGAUAGCAAGCGACAAAGAAAAUAGAAGAUUGGUGUCAUUGCAGAAAAAUAAAAAAAACAUAAAAUAAAUAAAACAUCCAAACUGGUUAAAAAUA